AUGGCACAGGAAUUCAAGCUCAAGGGCUUGACGAGCGUUGACCUCAAGAACGGACAGAAGCAAGAAGCCGAAGUCGAGGGCAUCGAGGAGGGCAAGGUUCUUCUCGUUAAGGUCGACAACCAAGUCCAUGCCGUAACCCCAAAGUGCACGCACUACGGAGCUCCUCUAAUUAAGGGUGUCGUUACCGGAGAUGGGCGAUUGACUUGCCCUUGGCACGGUGCUUGUUUCAAGGUCUCAACCGGUGAUGUCGAAGAUGCACCGGCGUUGGAUCCCUUAGGCAGCUUCGAGGUGCUGGAGAAGGACGGCGGGGUGUGGAUCAAGGGUAAAGAGGAGGAUCUCAAGAAUGGCAGACGGUUCCUCAACAUCAAGUGCAAGGCAUCGGGCUCGGAGAAAGUAGUCAUUGUCGGCAGAGGAAGCGGUGCGUUAGGAGCUAUGGAGGCGUUGCGAGGAGGCGGUUUCAAGGGCCAGAUUACGACCAUUGCUACCGAGGACUAUCAGCCUAUCGACCGAACGAAGUUGUCAAAGGCUUUGCUGACGGACGUUUCAAAACUGGCUUGGCGGUCAAAGGACUUCUACAGCGAAAGUGACAUUGAGAUGGUCACGGACACGGUUUCUUCAGUCGAUUUCGAGGGGAAGAAGGUCAAGACGCAGGGUGGCAAGGAGUAUCCGUACACCAAGCUCAUCCUCGCUUCAGGCGGCACCCCGAAGUUCCUCCCCAUGCCAGGCCUCAAAGGUGAUUUGAAGAACGUCUUCCUCAUCCGCCAACUACCAGACGCCCAAGCUAUCAUGUCCGCCGCCGGUUCGGAAGGUGGCAAGAAGGUGGUCGUGAUUGGCAGCUCGUUCAUCGGCAUGGAAGUGGGCAACUGUCUCGCGAGUCAGAAGCACCAGGUCUCCAUUAUCGGCAUGGAGAGCGAGCCCCUGGAACACGUGAUGGGCACCAAGGUUGGCAAAAUCUUCCGUGCGCUACUGGAGAAGAACGGCGUGAAGUUUUACCUCGGUGCUAGCGUAGAGAAGGGUGUCGAGCGAGACAGCAGUGGCGAGAUUGGCAAGGUGCAGCUGAAGGAUGGUACAGAGCUAGAAGCAGAUUUGGUAAUUGAGGGUGUCGGCAUCAAGCCGUCAACCGACUACGUGAAGGACAACAAGUCCGUCAAGCUGAACGACAAGGACGGCUCGAUACUUGUCGACGAUGGCUUCGCAGUCCAAGGCCUUAAAGAUGUCUGGGCUAUCGGUGAUAUUGCAACCUACCCUUACCACGGCCCUGGCGGCAACGGUUCUCCCAUCCGCAUCGAGCAUUGGAACGUUGCGCAGAAUAUGGGUCGAUCAGUGGCGAAUGCCAUCAACAACCCCUCAGCUGCGAAACCCAAGCCAUUCAUUCCCGUCUUCUGGUCGGCACUUGGCGCUCAACUUCGAUACUGCGGUAACACCGUUGGUGGGUAUGACGACGUGAUCUUGAAUGGCAACACGGACGUGAGUGAAGGGAAGCAGAGCUUCGUCGCUUACUAUACGAAAGGCGAUGAGGUCGUGGCUGUGGCGAGCAUGAUGAAGGAUCCGUAUAUGACGCAGUGCGCGGAGUUGAUGAGGAGAGGGCGGAUGCCGAAGAGGAGCGAGAUUGAGAAGGGUGUCGACGUGCUUGAGAUAAGUGUGCCGGCUGAAAUGAAGAUAUAA